AUGCAUAGUAUAUACUGUAUAAUAUACACAUUACUAUACAUUAUUAUUAUUAUUAUUAUUAUAAUUAUUAUCAUUAUUAUUAUUAUUAUUAUUAUUAUUAUUAUUAUUAUUAUUAUUAUUAUUAUUAUUAUUAUCAUUAUUAUUAUUAUUAUUAUUAUUAUUAUUAUUAUUAUUAUUAUUAUUAUUAUUAUUAUUAUUAUUAUUAUUAUUAUUAUUAUUAUUAUUAUUAUUAUUAUUAUUAUUAUUAUUAUUAUUAUUAUUAUUAUUAUUAUUAUUAUUAUUAUUAUUAUUAUCAUUAUUAUUAUUAUUAUUAUUAUUAUUAUUAUUAUUAUUAUUAUUAUUAUUAUUAUUAUUAUUAUUAUUAUUAUUAUUAUUAUUAUUAUUAUUAUUAUUAUUAUUAUUAUUAUUAUUAUUAUUAUUAUUAUUAUUAUUAUUAUUAUUAUUAUUAUUAUUAUUAUUAUUAUUAUUAUUAUUAUUAUUAUUAUUAUUAUUAUUAUUAUUAUUAUUAUUAUUAUUAUUAUUAUUAUUAUUAUUAUUAUUAUUAUUAUUAUUAUUAUUAUUAUUAUUAUUAUUAUUAUUAUUAUUAUUAUUAUUAUUAUUAUUAUUAUUAUUAUUAUUAUUAUUAUUAUUAUUAUUAUUAUUAUUAUUAUUAUUAUUAUUAUUAUUAUUAUUAUUAUUAUUAUUAUUAUUAUUAUUAUUAUUAUUAUUAUUAUUAUUAUUAUUAUUAUUAUUAUUAUUAUUAUUAUUAUUAUUAUUAUUAUUAUUAUUAUUAUUAUUAUUAUUAUUAUUAUUAUUAUUAUUAUUAUAUUAUUUAUUUAUUAUUAUUAUUAUUAUUUUAUUAUUAUUAUUAUAUUAUUAUUAUUAUUAUUAUUAUUAUUAUUAUUAUUAUUAUUAUUAUUAUUAUUAUUAUUAUUAUUAUUAUUAUUAUUAUUAUUAUUAUUAUUAUUAUUAUUAUUAUUAUUAUUAUUAUUAUUAUUAUUAUUAUUAUUAUUAUUAUUAUUAUUAUUAUUAUUAUUAUUAUUAUUAUUAUUAUUAUUAUUAUUAUUAUUAUUAUUAUUAUUAUUAUUAUUAUUAUUAUUAUUAUUAUUAUUAUUAUUAUUAUUAUUAUUAUUAUUAUUAUUAUUAUUAUUAUUAUUAUUAUUAUUAUUAUUAUUAUUAUUAUUAUUAUUAUAA